CGAAGGUGCAGUAAGGCGUCGCGAUUGGAUGAGCGCGAGCUAAAGUGUUUUGUACAGUCAAAAAAAGAAGACACGGAUAACAACAACAACAGCCGCGGCUGCCUGAAGCUAACUAAAGACACAUUGGCACUUUUCUGGCCUAUUCUUUAGAGAUUUCGAUGUCACGAUGGCUGCAAAUUUCACAAUUUCAGACAGUGAUUCAGAGCCAUCGGAGGAGAUAGAGGAAGGGAAAAAACAGCCACCAGCAGGACAAGCGGAGCACAUCCGUCAGCGGCACACCCUCACGCUACCUGAGCUCAGACAAACAGGGAAUGGUCGGAUCAGAGUGAACUCAGAGUCCCUUGCUUCCACAUUGUCCAAAGAUGAGGAGCUCUUGGCGAGGGGGGAAGAAGAGGCUGGCACCCCCACUGAGGGAUUUCCAUUUAGGGGUCGAUCUAAGUCAGCUCCCCCUGCCCUGUGGGCUGCCAAGAAGUACGGCCAGCAGCUUCGAAGAAUGAGUGAUGAGUUUGACAGCCUGCUUGAUAAAGGGGAGAUGAGGAAGGUGAAGAGUGCGGGGACGACCAAACAGAUGCACCACUCUAAAAGCUGGUGGAACUACCUCUUUAGUCAUCAGGAGACAGAGGGCGAAAACAACCAUCAUGAAAAUCACACUCAACGCACUGAGUAGGAAAUAAGAGUUGUGCAAGGCUUUUUGGGAUGGAGAAAUCAGUUGGGAAGACAGCAGCUUGGCAGCCACAAGAACAAUGCAACCUGCGAUGAAAGAAAUGUUGGUUUGAUCAAAUAUGAAGGUGUGGCUUAAUGGGACACUACAGCACAUGCUCAGUGAGUCCCAUGUAAUUUUUAUGUCAUUGUUAACUACUUUAAAAAAAAAUGUCUUGCAUUUGUGUUUUGAUGGUGAUGUUAAAAAAAGGAAAAACUGUUGAACAGCCUAGUGUUUAAUGUAAGUCAACCAGGUGUGAAGAUUGAUGUUGGCUGUCUGCAGUCCACUAAAUGGGUAAAAUAAGAGAGGAUUCAGUUAUUUUUCACAUCAAAACAAUGCAAUAUACUACAGAUGAAGAGAUAAAUGUACUAAAAUAAAAAAACUAGCUAUUUGAGGCCCCUUUGAGUGCUGUUAAAAUGUCCUUUAUGCCUUCUGCCUGUGUGAUAAACAAGGCACGUUUUCCUCCAAAUGUUUGUGUUUAACUUGCACAAGCUUACGACGAUCACUGUAAUUGUGUGCCAAAAUAAUCGACGGGCAACUUGAAAGAGUAUAAAAAAAUGAAGAAUUUUUAAAGAAUUAAACUUAAGUCUUUUAUCCAGUUUAUUGUUCUGCUACUUGCAAGCCAGUAACAUCCAAAAUGACUGUACUCGACUAUCGGUAACUGCUUUAUAAGAUCAGAUUUAUCAAAAGAACAAUCUUGUACUUGGACAAUCUCUUUGUCAAAUAUUAUCUUUUGUAAAACUUCAGGGUUAGAUUAUAGGUGAUGACAUUAAAACUACAUAUAAAAGCACAAACCAGCCUAUCUUUAUAAAGCCUUGGACAAGCAAGAAAUAAAAAAAAAAAAAGGUAUUU